AUGGCAAUCGGCGACGAUUUCUUUUCGAUGUCCAUCAAACAAGAGAACACGACGGUUCCUCCUCCUCCUCAUCCCACCGCCACUCCUCCACCAAGAGAAACCGAUCUUGCUGAUGACAAGACCCAAUCUUUACUCAACUCACUUCGUUCCACCUCCUUAACUCCUCCAGAAACCGAUAUGUGUUUGCGAUCCUUGACCAACAUAAUGACUUGCAGCGAAGACGUUGCUCUGUUUCAAGAAGUGAUCUCAAACUUAAACAGAAGCGAGUUUCUAAGGAUGGCCUCGUUGCUGACGUCAAACUCCUACGAUCACCACUUCUUGGAGAUCGCAAGAAACAAGAACGGCUCCAUCCGCCUACAGAAACUCCUCGGAAAAUCAGUAGACGCCGACAUCUUCUUCGUCGCCGCUAUCUUGCGCCACUUCCGCCACGUCAUGACGGACAAGAACGCGUCCCACGUCGCCACUCAAGCGAUGCGAGUAGUUGCCAGCCACGAGGAGAGAAUGGCAAUGCGCGACCAUAUUCUCCACCACGCGGUUCUCCUGGCGUGUGACCGAUACGGCUGCAUCGCGCUCAAAGCAAUCAUAAGCGACGUGGCGUUUCUCUAUUGCAGUAUCCCGCUCUUUGAUGUAGUCGCGUCCAACGCUCGCGUGCUAAGCUACGAUGCUUAUGGGAACUCUGUGGUUCAACACGUGCUUAAACAUUGUAGCUUGCACAGCACGUAUAACGUUGGGGUUAGCCUCCGUGGACAUUAUGUUGAGCUCUCUUUCACGGAGGGUGGAAGAUACAUCGUGGAGAAGCUUUUGGAGAGGGAUGAGGACACGGAGGUGUUGGUUAUGGCAGAGCUUUUGGAGUGCGAAGGAGACGAGUUGGUGAGGCUGGCGACGAGUGUGUACGGGCAUUUCGUGGUGGAAACGGCACUGAAAGCCGCGCGGGUGGAUUUGUCUAGGGGUUUGGUGAAUAAGCUCAAGCCUUUUCUCCCUCUGUUGCGUAGGUCUCAACAUGCCAGCACCAUUGCAAGAAUCUUGGAGUCGGUUUGUUAG